UUGUUUAUAGUAUUUACAGUAGUGGUGGAGUAGUAGUAGUUGAGCAGAGUAGAGCAGAAAGCCAAAACCACGCGCCGAGCUCAACCCACCACAAGCAAAACUCCACACUCCACAACCAUCCCCCGCAGCAAAUACAAACAAACCAACAUCGACACAUCUCUGACUACAGCUUCUGAGAUCAAUUGAGGAAUUUCUGAGAUUAAUUGAGGGAUUGUAAUCAUGUCAGAGACGGAGGAUAUCUCAAUGACGCCGUCGUCAGAACGAUCGAGGUCGCGCUCGUCGUCGUCCGUGCCGUCGCCGAGUUCUACGCCUUCUGCGUCGCCGAGGAAGAGGAGUGCGUACCGGGAUGGAUCGUCACAGGAGAAGAGAGAGGAUGGGUAUGAGGAGGAGAGUAUGUCUACAGCGGCGACGACGCCCGCGCUCACGCGAACAGGGUCGGCGAGCGCGUACACGAUCCCGGUCUCGCACCGGUCCUCGUUCUCGUCCAAGAGCGAGCCCGGCGCCGAUACCGACUCUGGCGGCGCGGUGAUCACGCCCGCGACGCCGGCGAACGUGGCUGUCUACGCGAUCGAGUACGUGCAGGGUCUGCUGCAGGAGCGGGCGCGCAAGGUGCUGGGUGUCGGGCGACGGCGGGCAAAGUCGUCGGCGCGGGACUGGGUUAGUACGGCUGAGGUUGUCGUGUUGGAUUUAGGUGAUCGCGGGUUGGAUUUUGUGCAGAUGGUGCUGAGGCUGUGGAUUGAGCGGCCGGUGUUUGCUGUGAGUAGUAGUUGCUGUUGUUGAUGAGAGGGUGGGAUGCGAGCUGACGGUUGUGUAGGCGUUUGUGACGUUGCAGAUUGGGUUUGCUGCGGUGCCGGUGGUGGUGGUUAUGAUGAAUCUGGUGGUUGUGAUGUCUGUCGUGAUUGUGCUUGCGGCGAUAACCUCCGCCAUCCUCAUCUCAUUCGCAGCACUGGCGUUAAUCGGAUUACUAGCCGCGUCGGGGAUAUUAGCGACGGGCGCGUGGAUGUUUGCCGCGGUGGGGAUCGUGGUGUUGCAGCGGGCGAUUGUUUUGGGUACUGCGCUUUUUGGAGGGGGUGGGGAGGUGUAUGAGGAUGGGAAGGAGGG